UUUGGACGGGGUUGAGUCCAUUUCACGCCACCGCCGCUGCACCUAUAAAACGGCGGAGCCGACGCCCCCCUGUUUUCCGCUCCUCCCCACGACGACGAGAAUCCCCCCAUCCCCCACCAGGCCACAAAAACCAGGUCGCCGAUGCCGCCUACCGUCUGACAUCGAUCACCCAGGCAGAUCGCGCGCAAGCCACCCAAACAAAUCCAAAACCGAAUCCUGAUCCGAUCCCGUCGAUCGGCGGCGGCGGCGAUGGAGGCCCGGCCCGGCGCGUGGCGCCUGCAGCAGCGGGGCCCCGGCGCGCCCGUCGCGGGCCUGCCCAUCGGCUUCCGCUUCCGCCCCACCGACGAGGAGCUGCUGCUGCACUACCUCCGCCGCAAGGCGCUGGCCUGCCCGCUCCCGGCGGGCGUCAUCCCGGACGCCGACCUCGCGCGCCUCGACCCGUCGGACCUCCUCCUCCCCGCCGCCGCACCACCUGCGGGGGGAGCCGCCGACGACGCCAGCGGGGAGCACUUCUUCUUCCACCGCCCGGCGACGCGGUGCUGGCGCAGGGGAGGCGGCGCGGCCAGGGCGGCCGGCGCCGGCGUCUGGAGGCCGUCCGGGAAGGAGACCGUCGUCGUGUCGCCGCGCUGCAAGCGCCCCGUCGGCACCAAGCGGACGCUCGUCUUCUGCCCGCGCCGCCGUGGCGGCGGCGGCGCCCGCACCGACUGGGUCAUGCACGAGUACCGCCUCCUCCCCGCCGGCCUCCACCUCCACGGCUGCGCCGCCAACGCGCCUCCGCCCACUAAUGUGAGCUCCCAUGGCGGUGGCGCGGCGGCGGCCGACUGGGUGGUCUGUCGCAUUUUCAGGAGGGCCAGGCCAGCCCACCGCGCCCGCCUUGGUGACGCGCAAGAAGAAGAAGAAGAGCACGCGGCGGUGGAGAGCGCGUCGUCCACGUCGUCGUGCGUCACCGACGCCUCCGGGACCAUCGGCCAGGACGAUGACGGCGACGAAGGGAUCAGUGGCAGCUGCAGCGUCGCCUCCUCUAAUUGAGACCGACUAGAAGAAACAAGAGUUGGCUAGCCCGCCCGUCGACCAAAUCACGGGCGCCGUGUCCUAAUUGCCGUAGCACCCUCUCAGUCUCAGUCCCUAGUAGCAAUCAAUAGAGAGAAGAAGCUUGAGCUCCAACAAACCGACAACAACAUCAUAAAAAGGCUAAGCGCUUUGCUGCCAUGUUAUGUUGUUGCUGGAGCUCGUCGCGAAUCCAGAGUGUUAAUUAGCGAGAAAAUCAAUCAGUUCCCUUCC